AAAAAACCCUACAUUUUCCAAUGUGAGCCACUUCCUGGUCUCAUUAACUUCAUCCUCGGUGAUUUGGCCAGACUCUGCUUCCAGCCUGAAGCAGGCAGGAGACUGUGUAAGUCAACGGUCCGUCAGGCCCAUCACCAGGCCAGCGUCAAGGUCUCUCCCAAGGACACUGAGAUGAAAACAGCAGAAGAGCCAACCCCGAGUCUUGGGCAGACCCUGGAGUGGCUGAGGAAGGAACUGGCCGAGAUGCAGAUCCAAGACCAGAAGCUCCUGCUCACACUGAGGCAUCUUCGCAGUGUCCUGGAGGAGCUGCGUUCCGAGAGUGCCCACUGGGAGGAUGCCAUGUCCAGCAGAGGGACAUCGCCCAUCAGAGCUCGAGCAGGCUCCGAAGGCCGGGGUCACCAGCCCGUGUCAUCCAGGCGGCUGGCCCAGCUCCUCCAAGGGGUAGAUGGCCGGCGAAGCUCCCUCCCCUAACUGGUCAGAGAUGACCCUGGGCUUGAACCCCCCCCACCACUAAUCUAAGUUUUGUGAUGCUGUUGGGGUGGGGGACACUGGGAUGGGAGUCAAGAAGUCCCUAGGUUCACCUCUGUCCUCAUCUACUAAAUGUCCCUGGACCCAUCA